AUGCACAGACGGCGUUCCUCUGAUUCUCGAGCAAAUGGUUUUUAUGCUACAGAAACUGCAAAACCCAGUGGUGGAUGGAAUCGAGUGAGAAAUGCUUAUACGUCUGGUCAAUUAAGUGGCAUCAGCUAUAUGGGAUCACCUUCGGGACGGAGACGUCGAAAUGCUGCAGCCGAUACGAGUGCUGUUUCGACAACGAAUAAUUCAAAAUGUCAAAAACACCGAUUUUUACAACUGGUUGAACGUGUACGUGAACUUGAGCAUGAAAUUGCUCCCGAACUACAUUUAUAUCAGGGAUCACCAUCAUAUGGCUCAAAUCCAUCAACGUAUUCAUCUCUACCUACACCAAGUUCUACGACAACAGCAGCAUCCUAUCCUCCAUUCGGUACAUUAAUUCAACAUUCUGGUGUUUCAGCAUCAUCGUUACCCCGAAAUGCUUUAUCAUCGCGAAUAGUUGAAAAAGCGCAUCAGAUACCUGAACGUUUCUGGCUAGAUUGGUAUGAAAAGCAAAUGCAAGAGAAAAUUGCUGAACUUGAAUAUAUCCGAGAAAAUUUAGGCUGUAGUCCUCAUUCAUUGCUUAACAGAUAUAAUGUUAUUGAACACCAACAAGAAAACGAUAUACGACGCAAAAGUGUUUUAUUUCUUUACGAAGCACAAAGAUUAGCAAACAAAAGACGACAAUUAUUAGGACGUUCAAAUACAGUCGCAGAAACAAAUUGUACGGUAUCUGAGAAUGAUUUGAAACAAAAUAAUGAAUCAUCUUCUGUAAAAGACCGAGUAUUAAAUAAGACAGCUAAACUAUUGAAAAAAGAAUCGACGAUCGAUAACGAUGGUGACUUUUUAUUUGAGCAAAGAUCAGAUACGAUAUCAGAAAAUUCAUUAAAAGUUGCACCAAUUCUUAACAAUGAUGAUGCGUCGUUAUCAAGAACGAUCCCGGAAGAAAAAGAGAGCCACACAGAUUUGGAUACACACAAACAACUGGAACAAGGACAGCAUACUCCAAAUGUUAAUGGUGAUAUCGAUAAAUCAGAUACAGUAGAACAUUUCUCAUUGGAUCGUUCACAUUUGUCGAUAUCGCUACCGUUCACGUAUACCGAGUGUCGGCCAAAGUUGUUCAAUCCUGAAAAACAUCUACAAGUAGUCAAAAGAUGUACAUUAACUAAGCACCAGAAUUAUAUAGAAAACGUAAUAGAAUGCAGUGAAUCAUAUACACAAAGGGAAAUACCGAAGAAUAUCUCUGUUAGUCAAAAUAGUAGAUCAGAUACCAGUGCAGACGAUAUUGCUCAAAUUAAAAAUGAUCUGAAUAUAAUGAGUAUAUCUUUACAAGGAAAGACACAACCAUCUGGCUUGGAAACACUUUACACAAAAUCGCUUUUUCAUACAACAGUUGAGUUUAGCAAAUCCCAGCUUUCAAAUAUUACCAAGAGUCAAAAAGAAACAUCACUAACACAAUUUGACGAUACAACAACAUCGAAACAUCUUCAUCUGCAUUCAGAUAAUAAUAAACAGUUUUUGUACGAUGAUGAUACCUCACUGCCAGGGGAGAACCCUUCUCCCACUGUUGUUCUAAUUAAUCAGAAUAAUACUUUACCAACAAUACACUCGUUAUACAAGUCACCAAUAGAGGACGGUAGUCAAGCCUAUAAAUCGGAAUUGCCUCAGCAACUCAAUAUAAUUAUGAAGUUCGUCGAUAAUAAUAUAUCUUUAGAAGAAGUUAAGGAAGGAUUAAAUGAACAAUAUUCAAGUAUAUACACAAUCGAAAACAUGGUUGGAACAAUGAACAUAAAAGCAAGAAAUAUUCGCUUUGAUAUGCGAUCAUCUGAUGAGUAUGAAACAAUAUUGAAUAAAGGAAAAUUCCUACUAGCGGGUCGAAUAUUCGAUGUCGAUGAGUUUUUGCCAUCUCCUAAACUACUUAUCUGUAGUCGUUGCAAUUAUCCAGGGCACAUGAAAAAGAAUUGCAAUUCACAGAUCGAUAUAUGCCGACGAUGUGGAGAGGAUCGAAACAAUGGCAUCAAUCAUCAAGAAUGUAUCGUAUGUUGUACACAUCGUGAACAAGAUCAUGAAAUGACAAAUUUUCGAUGUUCGUACGUUAUAGGUUUUCAGGAUGAAUUGCUGAAAAAAUUAAAAAGUGAUAGUCGUCAACUUCCUCCUAAUGUUCGAAAUAUCGAGACCAAAGAGUGA